CCCGACGUCCGAUCACUCCCAAUUCCCCAAUGCGUGGUAACCAAGCUUACGAUCGAUCCGAGGCAACCGGCGACCGGAAUCCCUGGCUCGAUUCACCUCGACAUGCACGCCAGCAGCCUAUAAAUUGAGCCCUCGUCUCAAACUUGGUACGAUCAUUCCACCACCACACCUUCUGCUUUGAUCGUACUUACUUGCAAGUUUCAGCAAUGGCUUCGCUCGCGAGAUGCCUUCUGGUCUGCCUCUCCCUCGUGAUCCUCUCCGUAGGCUGCCUCCCUAGCCGCGGAUCGGCGAUGGGCCUUCCCCGGCCGCCGCCGAACAUGAACUUCACCGUCGCCGUCGAAGGGCACGUCUGGUGCAAGGGAUGCCGGUACGCCGGCUACGUCGAGUCCAAGGGCGCGUCCCCGCUCCAGAAUGCGGCGGUGAUGCUCCGGUGCAGGCGCGAGAAUUCGACGUGGUCACUCUGGGGCGCCACGGACGCGAGCGGUCACUUCACCAUCCAGACGGCGAAGCUGGUAGCGCCAUUCAGAAGCCGGGACUGCACGGCGUACGUGCUGGGGUCGCCGGUGCGAGCGUGCCGCCGGGACCUCAAGCCCCGCUGGAACAAGGGGUUGCCGCUCAAGCUCCGCAAGUUCGUGCCGGUCUCCGACGUUGGGCUGCAGGCGCUCUACAGUACUGGUGACUUCCUGUUCGCGCCGAACACACCCGGGAAGUGCUGAUCGAUCCAGUGCCGGGCCUCUGAGAUGGAGCCUGAUGUAUACUGCUCAUGUCUCCGUGCGUGCUCGGCUGGUGGUAAUAAACAAGUGUAUGUUGAUUUCCCAUAGAAAUGUCUGUUGUUGGUGAUGCUACUAGGAAUUUCAGUAGUUGCUCAAGUUCUUCAAUUCAAGCUGCUGGUUGUAGGCUUGUAG